AGCAAUGGAAGUGAUGCGAAGUUGUGACCCGGACACUCGUGAUGAAUUCGCCGACCGAGUAGUGGGUAUAGACUUCCGCCUAUUGCAGUACCUCAAACGCUCUGUCCAAUUCACGCAGCGCAUGUCUGCUGAUGCAAAGGAUGGUGGCAUGAGGUCAGAGGAGGUGUACUUGAAGGAUGUGAAAGCCGCUUCAACCGCAGGAUCCAAGAAAAUGACAGAGAUUGGGUUGUGGUCAGACCUGGUGCGAGCCAAUGCCGGUGUAUUGGCCCGAACUUCGGAUAUAAUUGACGACAGCGAGGCAUCUAUAGCUGCUACGCUUGAACAGGACGAGCACCCCCCACACACGCAGACACAGGCCUUACCAUCAUCACAAACACACACACGCACAAGCACAUCAGAGGACACUAGUAACCAGGCCAAUACGCAACGCACGGUGGACGGAGAGGCGUUUAGUGCAGCCUACAUGGACCACGCAGUUUCCGGAUUUACAGACGAGUUAGAUUUGCUCAGACAGGAGCCUGGCUUCGGUGAAGAGUCCGUGAGCUUACUUAUAGACUGCCUUAAUUCUGGCGCUGAUAUCUGGGACCCCUCGGAGAAGGCCCUGUGGUUGACGGAAGGUGAAGAGACUCCCAUACACAGGAAAUGCCAGUACUAGGCAAAUACCAUUGCAAAUAAAUAUAAUGUCAGGAUAUAAAUAUACAGCAAGCCUGUUUAACCUGUUGCUGGCGUAUAUACUGUGGACCAGGCUUUAACCAAGCGCAGUGUAGGAUGUUGAUACCAAAGUCUAACCGUCUAUGAGGGGGCUUCUCGAUAUAAAUGGAAUACGAGCGAGGCCGUUGUAACAGAAUCAGAUACGCCCCAUAAAGUCAACGCUAGUAGUGUUGUGAGCUUGUUCAUCCC